UACCCAUAAUGCUGUGCUUGUUGGAGUCAUGUGAUUGAAACGAAUGACAACAAGCUGGCUUCAACAAAAACACGACUUUGUUGUAAUAUCUUGUGGAUGUUUUUUAACCGUAACCAAUUUUUGCCCGAAAACUGACAUGAAAGUGAGAUUUUAAACCACCGGUUUAACGCUGAUUAGCAUCACAAUGGCGGAAGUAGAAAAACAGGAAAGGAAACCAAGCGAAGAAUUCACAGAUGAUUCAUCUGAGGAGGAGGACAGCGAAGAGGAGCCCAAGCUGAAGUACGAGAGACUCGCCAACGGGGUGACGGAGAUCCUCCAGAACGACGCGGCCAGCUGUAUGACCGUCCAUGACAAGUUUCUCGCCCUGGGGACUCAUUUUGGGAAAGUUUUCCUGCUGGACAUUCAAGGAAAUGUCACUCAAAAGUUUGAAAUAAGCUCGGUGAAGAUCAACCAGAUCAGUUUGGAUGAAAGCGGUGAGCACGUGGGCAUCUGCUCCGAGGAUGGGAAGGUUCAAGUGUUUGGCCUCUACACCAGAGAGGGCUUCCACGAUAACUUCGACUGUCCCAUCAAAGCGGUCGCAUUACACCCUCAGUUCAGCAGAUCAAACUACAAACAGUUUGUCACUGGGGGCAACAAGCUGCUGCUGUAUGAAAGGAACUGGUUGAACCGCUGGAAGACUGUAGUUUUACAUGAAGGUGAGGGAACAAUCACGAACGUCCAGUGGAGAGCUAAUCUCAUCGCCUGGGCCAACAACUUGGGAGUAAAAAUCUAUGACAUCAGCACCAAGCAGCGGAUCACCAAUGUGUUGAGGGACAACUCCAGUCUGAGGCCUGACAUGUACCCCUGUAGCCUCUGCUGGAAGGACGACACCACCCUGAUAGUCGGAUGGGGAACGUCUGUUAAGAUUUGUGUGGUGAAAGAGCGAAAACCGACUGAAAUGAGAGAUUUGCCAAGCCGCUACGUAGAAAUAGUUUCUGCGUUUGAGACGGAGUUUUUCAUCUGUGGUUUGGCGCCGCUGGUGGAUCAACUCGUCACUCUGUUUUUUGUGAAAGAGAACUCAGAUCAGAUGGACGAGGAGUUUCGCUCACGGCCUCGUCUCGACAUCAUCCAGCCAUUUCCCGAGAGCUGCGAGGAGAUCUCCUCAGACGCUCUGACUGUUCGCUCCUACCAUGACAACGAGUGCAGAGACUACCGGCUUGAGCAUUCAGAGGGAGAGUCGCUCUUCUACAUCAUCAGUCCCAAAGACAUCGUCGUGGCCAAAGAGCGAGACCAGGACGACCAUAUCGACUGGCUGCUUGAGAAGAAGAAAUAUGAGGAGGCACUGAUGGCUGCAGAGAUCAGCUUCAAAAACAUCAAGAGACACGACGUUCAGAAGAUUGGAAUGGCUUAUAUCAAUCAUCUGGUGGAGAACGGAGACUACGACGCUGCUGCGAGGAAAUGUCAGAAGGUUCUAGGAAAGAACAUGGAGCUGUGGGAGAACGAGGUCUACAGGUUUAAGACCAUCGGCCAGCUGAAGGCGAUCAGUCAGUAUUUGCCACGAGGAGAUCUGCGUCUCAGACCGGCCAUCUAUGAGAUGAUCCUGCAUGAGUUUCUAAAAUCUGAUUAUGAGGGCUUUGCCACGCUGAUCCGGGAGUGGCCUGGAGAACUUUACAACAACAUGGCCAUCGUUCAGGCCGUCACUGACCACCUGAAGAAGGAUCCGACCAACAGCACGCUGCUCACCACGCUGGCUGAGCUGUACACGUACGACCAGCGCUACGACAGAGCUUUAGAGAUCUACCUGAGACUGAGACACAAAGAUGUCUACCAGCUGAUCCACAAGCACAACCUGUUCUCCUCCAUAGAGGACAAGAUCGUCCUCCUGAUGGACUUUGAUAAGGAGAAAGCUGUUGACAUGCUUCUUGACAAUGAAGACAAGAUUUCUAUGGACAGGGUGGUGGAGGAGCUACAUGGUCGACCUGAGUUGCUGCAUGUGUAUCUCCAUAAACUGUUCAAGAGGGACCACCACAAAGGACAGAAGUACCAUGAGAAGCAGAUCGGCCUGUACGCCGAAUACGACCGGCCAAACCUUCUGCCUUUUCUGAGAGACAGCACUCACUGCCCUCUUGAAAAGGCUCUUGAGAUUUGUCAGCAGAGGAACUUUGUGGAAGAGACGGUCUUCCUGCUAAGCAGGAUGGGAAACUGUAGACGAGCCCUGCAGAUGAUCAUGGAGGAGCUGGAGGACGUGGACAAAGCCAUCGAGUUCGCUAAAGAGCAGGAUGACGCAGAGCUGUGGGAGGACCUCAUCUCGUACUCGAUCGACAAGCCGCCGUUCAUCACGGGCCUCCUGAAUAAUAUCGGCACGCAUGUUGAUCCGAUUCUGCUCAUCUAUCGGAUCAAGGAGGGCAUGGAGAUCCCGAAUCUCAGGGACUCGCUGGUGAAAAUCCUCCAUGACUACAACCUGCAGAUUCUUUUAAGGGAAGGGUGUAAGAAGAUCCUGGUGGCCGACUCCCUCUCCUUGCUCCAGAAGAUGCAUCGAACCCAGAUGAGAGGAGUCCGGGUCGACGAGGGGAACAUUUGUGAGUCGUGUCAUGGUACUAUAUUACCAUCAGACAUGGCCCAGCCUUUCAGUGUGGUGGUGUUCCACUGCAGACACAUGUUUCACAAGGAGUGUUUGCCGUCUUCAGGAAUAAUUCCUGGAGUGCAGUUCUGUAACAUUUGCAGCGCGAAGAGGCGAGGACCUGGAAGUGGAAUACUCGAAAUGAAAAAGUGACACUUUAAUGCCCUCAUGUUGUUGUUAUUGAUGCUUUUUGUCUCCUUUUUUCCCUCGUCGGUACGCUGAUGAACAGGAAUCUUUUUUCCUCGGUUGAUGAACUGUACUCUCACCAAAAUACAGAACUGUUACCCUUUAUUUGUUUACUAACUGUAAAGUGCCGUGUUUUGUCCAGAUCACCUUGAAUGUGAUGAAGAAUAAAAUCACAUAAACUCU